UCAAUAAAACAUUUCCUCUGUUUCACAACGUAGUCAGUUCAGUGUCUCUCCUGCCUUCUCUAUGCCGCAGGUGGUCAGUGUCUGGGUGCGGGACCCACGGAUUCAAAAGAAUGACUUUUGGCAUGCCUACAUUGACUACGAAAUUUGUUUGCAUACCGACAGCGUGUGCUUUACCAAGAAGAUCUCGACCGUGAGAAGGAGGUUCAGUGAGUUUGUAUGGCUCAGGCAGAAGCUAAAAGCAAACUCACAGCUAAUGGCGCGGCUUCCUAAGCUGCCCCCAAAGAACCCCUUCUUCAGCCUGAACAACAGCCAACAGAUCACUGAGCGGAUGAAAGGGCUCCACAGGUUUUUGGAACAGAUCCUGCAGAACCCUCUGCUGUUGUCGGACAGCUGCCUGCAUCUUUUCCUGCAGUCCCAGCUGAGCGUGUCCAAGAUGCAGGCCUGUGCCGCUGGACGGACCCACUACUCCGUGGCCCAGGCGCUGCAGCGCUGCAGUCUGCGGCGGUUCCACUCUGAAGAGGAUCUGCAGAAGGACCUCAGCAUGUCUUGUGACUCUGACUCGGACAGCUCAGAGUGUACAGAUCCAGAGCUUCGGAACAAAGCUUUUCCAACGAACAAAGCAGACGGUGCGGCUUCAUCUGAUCUCGUGGGAACCAGCCAGGAGAAAACCAUCAGCUGCUCAUGUGGUUCUACAUGAGAACGUCGUCGUUAUCAAAGGGGAUGUCUGGACCUGUGAAAAAUACACUGCCUGUUACCCUGACCAACGGCACUAUAAGUAUUUUGCUUUGCUUGUUAUAUUGUCAUUGGGACAUUUCAGUUUGAACCAUGUACAGUAAAUAGUAAUAUGAAACUUCUGUAUACCCAUAAAAUGUGCUGAACCAGUAAAUUUGUAUAGCCCUGAAGAUGGCAGUGUUGGUACAUCAAUCUGUUUGUAUAAUUACUUAUGCCAUGAGUAUAUAUACAUAUAUCGCAACUGUCUAUAUUUAUGGACAGUUGCGUCUCUAAUUGUGGUCAUUCAGAAGGUGUAUUUUUACCAAAUAUGUGCAGAUUAAAAGUCAAUACGUUAAACUGUGACCGCCUGAUUCUCU